GUUGUGGAAAGACGGGAUUUCGCGUUAUUCCAUUCAUUUCUCUCCUCUCUAAAAAAAGCUAGGGUUUCUCAUCUCCGCGGCGAUCUUCCGUGCGACGGCGAAUUCCGUAGGUUUUGUCCAUCAAAUCGACGAUGGUCUCUGUUCUCGACGCUCUAAGAUGGAUCCGGCUGAAGAGAAAAGAAAUUCAAAGAGGCAAAUCGAUUACAACAACAUGUUAGGGUUCAUGGCCGAUUCAGAGUACGGGAUUCCAAGAAAGUGUCCAUGUGGUGGGAGAAUCAUUGAUGAGGUUAGACGGAAGGACGAGUACGACACUCAUCCGGGGAAGCGGUUCUUCACCUGCAUAAACCACGAGGCUGAUGGGUUCCAUUAUCGUCAGCCUUGGGUGAUAGGUGUGCAGGAGGAGAUCGAGAGGUUGACUAAGCGGGUGGUGGAGGCUGAAGACGUCAUGAGGGAGAUGUCGAAAGUCACUAAACAGAUUGAGACACUGGAGGUACAAAUCCUCUCUGGGCAGGUGGCUGACCUGGAGAAGGUUUGCUUCGAAUGAAAAGCAAAGGU